AUGAGCCUCCAAAUUGGAGUAGCUUUUCUAAAACUCCUGACGUCUGUUCAGUCACUCCGCAAUCCAAAGCUCACGUCUUUUGGUGACCAUCACUCCGUGCCCGCAUUCCCGCACCUUGUGAUGCUGCUCAAGAUCAUCCGCGCCGAGGCGCUGGCGUCCGCCGACCUGAACGGCAAGAGCGACCCGUUCGUGCGUGUCUUCUACGACGGCAAGGAAGUCGGCGCGUCACACCGCGUCAAGCGGUCGCUCAACCCGCGCUGGGACUUUCAAGUGACCAUCACUCUGGCACACGCUGGGCCUUUGGACGUAGUUCUCGAGGUUCUGGACAAGGACGAACUGUCCCAGAACGAUCUACUUGGCUCUCUACGUGUGCUUUUCCCAGAGUGGCGUCAGCUCGUGGACGAGUACCAAAAACGUAAGCAGAGGAAGGAAAUACCUCCUACAAACCACAGAGGCUCCAAGUGCGUGGAUGUACGGCAACUAGGUGCUCAUAAUACUGUAGAGGUGAACUCUAACGGCAAUGGAAGCGACAGUAAACAGCUCCAGACGGGGAAUUCGUCCCAUGCGACCGAUUUCCAGCGAAGAUCGCGGUCAUUAAACUCCAGUGGAGGGUAUCUCCAAGCAGAGUCGAAAGGUCGCGCCUCUGUGGCAGCUGGAGAGCUCUCAGUCGAGCAGGUGAACGAUGCGAUGGAUAUUAAACCUGUGUUUAUAUGGUGCCGACUGGUCAAGGGCUCAGCAGCGCAAGGGCGCAUUCUCUGCUGUGUACAGUACGAGGAGAGAGACCUAAAGUACCUGGUAAACCACCCGUACGGUACCAGUAUCCAGGAGGUUUUCCUGCCACAGAAUCCGCGGUUUGAACACGCUUAUUGUCAUUUACCAAGGAGCUGGCAUCCGGAUGUUGCCGUUAGACAGGACGAACUGACGGCUAUGCAUCAAGGAACCCCCAAGGAUUGUCUUUUCCCGUGGCAUGAGAAGCUUCUGCACAUGGUGGAGGAAGUGACAGUUACGUUCCACGUCAACGAGUCGAAUCAGGGCGUGCUGGCCACACUAGUGCUGACUAAUUAUCGUAUUUGGUUCGUGCCUUAUCGACGUGUACGAGGCUUGCUGCAUGAAGAUGUACAUACACUACCGGUGAGUAAGAUCCUCAAGGCGUCGAUUCAACAGCAGAAACGCAGCAAUAACAACGUCAUCACAGUGUUGAUCUUGGAUAACAUGGACGCUGGACACUACCACGUGACGUUGUCCCCAAUCUCCAGACUACGCGAUUCGGUCCGGGAUUUCUCGCGUGAAGCGGAGCUGAAACGUGUCAAGACUCUGCAUAAUAUUGUGCGGGAGAUUGAGUGGCUACGUAUUGAAAACAGCUUUUGCUCUCCGACUGACAGGAAUCACACGGUGGCUACUGCAGAUGAGAUGCAACUUGAGGACGAUCUACUUCAUUACACGCCCAAGCACAGCAGCUCGUCGAUGCCGCCACCAAUGGCUCGCGCUCUUACGCAGAACUACAGCAAGUAUCAGAAACAUACAUUUACGAAGGAAAGUAUUGGAAGUUUGACGCUGAACGGCAGUGGAGGACCCAUGGAACGACCCAAGUUCAGGCACCAACAAAGCGAAUCUGCUGUGUAUCCCCCACUGACGCAGACGAUGUCAGUGAGGAAGCCACCGCAGCAGUUCCAGCUUGCAGCGAGACGGCGGGUUCGAUACGAUCCAGAAGCGGAGUUUGCUCGACAAGGUGCUUUGGAGCAUCCUCGUUGGCGGAGGUGUGAGCUGAACGAGCAGUACCAGCUGUGUCCUUCGUAUCCGGCAUUCCUUAUGGUGCCAGAGUGUCUAAAUGACGAGAUUAUCACAGCUGCUGCAGGCUUCCGCAGCAAGAGUCGUUUCCCUGCGCUCACGUGGAUCCACCCUCGAACUGGAGCUCCACUUUGUCGCAGUAGCCAACCGAAUACGGGUGUAUUACGCAGCACGAACUCAGAAGACAAGAAACUGAUCUGGGCUAUACGAGACGCUGCCAUUCCAGCUGACCAGGCUGCAAAGUCCAAGCGCACUGUGCCCAAGAAGAACAGCCUCGUGCACAUUGUUGACGCACGGCCAGAGAUAAAUGCAAAGAGUAACGCUCUUGCUGGCAAAGGACAUGAGUCGGUGAAGCAGUAUGAUCGCGACGGAGUGUCUACCGCUGCCAUCACGUUCAUGGGCAUUGAUAACAUCCAUGUAGUACGCAACUCGCUUGCUGGUUUGGCACAGGCCUUGUAUGAAGUGGAGGACUCGAACUUCUUCGGAGCUGUGCAAAAGAGUCGCUGGUUGGAGCAUAUCUGCAGUAUUCUACAAGGUGCAAGUGAGGUAGCCACGCAUCUCGAACGUGGUGAUGCUGUCUUGGUGCAUUGCAGUGACGGAUGGGAUCGCACAGCUCAGCUCUCCGCGCUGGCGCAGAUUAUGCUGGACCCAUACUAUCGUACUCUUGAAGGUUUCGCUUUGCUGAUCGAGAAAGAUUGGUGCUCAUUUGGCCACAACUUCCAGAAGCGCUGUUCGCAUCCCACAUCUGACCAGACGUCGCCGAUCUUCCUGCAGUUUAUUGAUGCAGUGUACCAACUCACGCUCCAGUUCCCAACGCAUUUCCAAUUCAACGAGUUGUUGCUGUCAUCUGUGGCGGAAGCGGUGUACUCGUCGUGGUAUGGGACCUUCCAGAAGAACUCUGAGAACGAGCGACGUCUCUUCUUGUCAACUGUCCCAAGUGUCAGUGUGUGGGAUGUCAUUCGGGCUACUACAGAUCAAUUUCUCAAUCCUUUGUUUGCUGGUGGGGAGAUACAUGGGUCUGGCGGAUCGAACAUGGAGCCGAUGCUGCCUGUGUGUCGUGUGCGUGUCAUGCAGCUGUGGGUCAGUCAAUACCAAAAGGCCAUUGGACACAUGCGUCUACAGCAGCGAGAGUUUGAAAUGCUGCAGCUUAUUCGACAACAGGAAGCAGAUCUCUCACGUCUGUACGCGGCGUUAUCCAGCGACCAACAGCUUGAGCUGCGUUCAAGUCAGUUGCGGUCUGAUAUUGCCAAGCUAUCACGCAGCAUGAACCUGAAAUACCCCGAUGAGCCAGGAACGCCAUCGAGAGACUUGGAGAGGAAGAGAAUGGCGUCAAGUUCUACUGGGGAUACGCUGCGUAACUCGGGCAAACGACCGACGGCGGCGUCCCUGGACUUCCAUGAUCUUGCCAGCAUUGUAGCGAUGGGGACUGCAGGUGCUACUGCAAAUGCGGCAGCUUCUCCUCCACGUGAACACAUGACGUUGGCGCAGAUGCUACAGCGUGCGAACCUCGAGGCCAGUUCUGGUCCUCCGCCACCACCGUCGCACAAUUUACCGAAUCCUCGACGACGCAAGUCGCUAACAAGUCGAUCACGAAGCAACAGUCUCAAGAACACGAUAAUUAACGUGGUAGCGCAGAUGAAAGGAGGCUCUCACGACAAGGAGGCCGAUGAGCCAGAGGAUGUGGGCUCAACUACACUACCCAACCCAGUACGUGUAAGUGAAGGACGACGAAACCUGCGCUUGAGCUCGCCAUCCCGUCGAGAUGACCUGAAACGUGAUCUUCGCUAUCUCGAGUCGCAGCUGUCGAAACUCAACCAUCAAGUUGCUAUCAAGGAGGACGCAGCGAAGCAGACAAUGCGCAGAUUCCGUUGCUACAACUACAACCUCCCGGAGACAGCACUACGUAACGAGAACGACACGCUCUCCCCCGGUAGCGGUAAGAAGGUUCGUCUGGGUGGUUCUAACGGCAGCAAACCGUAUCCUUCACCUAGGACUUUAUCUCCACCGUCGUCGUCUUCGUCGCCUGGAUCAGGUACCGCAUCUGCUUCGGCCAGAGAGCUCUGUGAGUCCAGCUCGAUGGAUGGAGAUCCUCGAAACUUCACACCGGGAAGCUCCCCGUUAUUGGGCACAGACAAGGUAAUCUCUGGAGGCAAUUAUCUCAACUCUCAGCCUGUAUGGGAACGUGACGAAGACGCGCCGUGCUGCAAACGCUGCAAGAAGAAAUUUAAGACACUGCUGCGAAAUCGACACCACUGUCGCUGUUGCGGGUACGUUUUCUGCGGUCGUUGCACGAGUCACCGCAUGAGUCUCCCCGAUUUUGGCUACUACGACGUCGUACGUGUGUGCAAAGUGUGCUACACUUCAGGCGAAGACGGAUAA